AUGCAGUACACAAAUAAUAUUGAUCAAGGAAUUGGCCAACUGACCGGACCCUCACAGUGCCGCAGCGUCACGGAUCCGACAACUGGUUUCAUGGACAACAGCGCUUUACGUUUUGGCGGGCUUUCUCCCGAGCUUAUUAUCCAGGUGCUUCACUAUUGCGAAUCCUCGACUAUUCUUAGAUUUGGAGCUACUUGCAAAUUGUUUUAUAAUAUUGUUACGCGCUCUGUUUCCCUGCAACUUCACUUGGAACUUGAAGCAAAUGGACUUGAAAUUUUGAAUGGGUCGUUUGAGCGCGAGGCUAGCUACGCUGUAGUUCUAAGAGACCUUCGACGAUUUCGCGAUGCUUGGCUUGACCUUGAUUUUUCUCGCCCUGUCGAGAAAAUGAUUGGAAACUCGGAGAUGCUUCUAUGGGAGCUCCGAGAGGGAUUUUAUAUUCGCGCCUUUUCACAAAAUACCAGAAGGUUUUCCGAUACGAUCCAAUUCAUCCCUCUCGAUCCUGGUAUCCCCGAGCGCUCUCCUCUUCUUUUCGAUUUUGAAUUCAACGAAUUCACCGCCGAUCCAGACCAGGGCCUGCUUGCUAUUUUAUCUAGGGCCCCCCACAUGGACCCUCGCAUCUAUGUCCACCUACGUUCUUCAGAUACGGGACUCGCUCACCCGCUCGCAAGACACCCUCGACUCACCGCCGAGUUCGAUUUCGAACCACCUUAUUUUUGGCCUGGCUAUUCUAUCGAAGUUAUGGGACAUAUAGUUUUGGUAAAGGUUAUGAACAUCCACGACUAUAGAUACGGACUCUUGAUCUGGGAUUGGAGUUCUGGGGCCCUUCUCAAUAGAAUCAGUUCCCAAGGUGCGAUUUGCGACUUUGCCUUUUUGGAUGAACAGCAUCUUGUGGUGUCCUCUGGUAGAGGCUCGAACCAGGCCCAUUUAGACACCCUCGAACUUUUGAUCUUUGCCCUUUCUAAGGAUGAUUCUGCGCCCACGAAUUCGAACGGAUACGUACGAGUUGCAGAUUUACCAGUCUCGGAACCCGUCUUGCGUCUUGGCUUUCCACCAAUCAAGGAUUCAUCCAAGUUAUCCCAUUCCGGAUUCUUCCUUCGGGCACAACCUACCCCGGGACGUGCCAUGCACACAAGCUCUGCUACAUUUGUGUACCCCAUGCUACCACUUUGA